UGCUAAAGGAGGAAACCAAAGAAACCACUGUACCCUCGCUUUCUCUCUCUUCCCCCGCCCUCGCUUUCUCGCUCUAAAACCACCCAAAACCCCCCGCUCGAUCCGCAAUCGUCAAUCGGCGUACGAAAUUGCGUUGUCGGCGUGUAUAUGCGGAGAUAUUUGCAAACAUUUUGUAUGUUGGUGUUUUCGCUGUGAAUAUCGAUGUAAUGUUUUGAAAAAAGGAAGAAAAAAUUACCUGUGUUGUGAUAGUGGUUGUGGAGAGGAAGUUUUUGUUGUUGAUGCAGUAGUGUGUACGCAGUGUUGUUUGUUGUAGCUGUAGGUUUUUUUGUUGUAUUUUAUUGUUUAUGUGUAUGUAUAGUUAGGGAGUGUGGGGGAAUGGAGAGGUACGGUGGGACCCAGGCUAUGGCGGUGGAGGCGGAAUGGACGGUGGCGGGAGGCGUAGCAGGGUUAGAAGAGUCGACGUGGCCGUUGGGGCUCGGGGGCGGGCCCGUGGCGUACCCUGAGAGGCCCGAUGAGCCCGACUGUAUUUAUUACCUGAGGACUGGAUUCUGUGGGUAUGGCAAUAGGUGUCGUUUCAACCAUCCUCGAGAUCGGAGUGUGGUAAUGGGAUCAUUAGGAGCUAGUGGAGUUGAGUAUCCAGAACGCGUUGGCCAGCCAGUUUGUCAGUACUACAUGCGCACCGGGAUGUGCAAAUUUGGUGCUUCCUGCAAGUACCAUCACCCAAGGCAAGGAGUCGGAUCCUCAGCAGCAAUCCCACUCAACGUCUACGGAUAUCCAUUACGACCGGGAGAAAAGGAAUGCUCAUACUAUAUUAAAACAGGGCAAUGCAAAUUCGGCAUCACCUGUAAAUUUCAUCAUCCACAGCCGUCUGGCGCACAAGUUCCGCCACCAAACAACCCUAAUCCCGGACCUAGCCAUUUGUCAGUUUAUCCAACCAUGCAAUCUCCGGCUCAGUCUUCUCAACAAUACGGAGUUCUUCCUGGGAAUUGGCCAGUUGCGCGGCCAGCCAUGAUUCCAGGUUCUUACGUGCCUGGGAGUUACGGACCCAUGCUCUUUCCUCCAGGAAUCGUUCCCAUUCCCGGCUGGACACCCUACCCUGCACCGGUCAAUCCUGCAGCCUCACCGGGUUCUCAGCCCACUGUCGGUGCUGGUUCGAUGUAUGGUUUAACUCAAUUACCUCCUCCAGGGACGGCAUACUCUGUGCCAUACCUUUCUAGCCCUUCUGCUGGUCCCUCAAGCAGCAAUCAGAAGGAAAAUGCAUUUCCCGAAAGACCUGGACAACCGGAAUGUCAGUAUUAUUUGAGAACCGGAGAUUGUAAAUUUGGUUCGACUUGUAAAUAUCAUCAUCCCCCGGAGUUGAGUGUAGCCAGGCCAAGUUUCUUGCUUAGUCCCAUGGGUCUUCCGCUGCGCCCGGGCGCGCCCCUCUGCUCCCACUAUGCCCAGAAUGGCGUGUGCAGGUUUGGUCCAUCGUGCAAAUUCGAUCACCCGAUGGGAAGUUUGAGCUACAGUCCAUCGGCGUCUUCACUAACCGACAUGCCCGUGGCUCCUUACCCGGUGGGAUCAACUAUCGCCACAUUCGCCCCGUCAUCAUCUUCUUCGGACCUAAGGCCCGAGCUCCUUACCGGGAUGUUUUCCACGACUAGUUUCUCGAAAGGAGGCGGGGGGACGACUCUUCAGUCGAGCAUUCAGUAUUCCGGGCAGGGCUCCGCCUCUUCAUCCGGCAGCGGCAGCAGCAGCAGCAGCACAAGCGUCGGAGGCGAACCUCUCACAUCAAGAUGAUAAUGAUCUGAUCUGAUUCGGAAACUUCUUUUUUGGCGUAAAUCCUCUUCGACAGACAGGCAGAUUUCUCGAACCCGAGCUGGAAUGGCUUGGUUUGAAUAAGCCAUAGAUAUAUAUAUACACUCCAGCAUCAGCUUGGAAUGGAAUAAUGGAUGGAUGGAUCGAUGAGGAGGAUUGGCAUUAAGGUAAUUCUUGGCAGGGAAGCCCCUAAAGUUUUGAAGGCUAAUGGUUGUUGUUGGUUGUUGUGUCUGUUUUUAUAGUUUCGACGACACACUCUUAUUCUCUUCCUGGUUGUGGUUAUUAUAUUGGAUUGAUUCUCUAUUGCGUUACAUGAA